AUUAGCGCGGGUACUUUGACUGCAGGCUAACGGCCGAAAACAUUUAUCUUCCGGUGGCUCGUUUGCGUCUCGCUGACCUGUCAUGGAGUCUACAGAGAGUAAAUUCGCCCACCUGCUGCAACCAAUCAAAGAGCUUACCAAGAACUGGGAGGUGGACGUGGCGUCUGAGCUCAACGACUAUCUGGAGGAGCUGGAUGACAUGUGCAUCACCUUUGAUGGAGGGAAAACCAGGCUGAACUUUGCAGAAGCUGCGCUGCUGAUUCAAGGCUCCGCCUGCAUCUACAGCAAGAAGGUGGAGCUGUUGCACAGCCUGGUCUACCAGACUCUGGAAUACAUCAGCGACAGGAACAAGAGACGGAACAAAGAGGCGGCGGCGGGUCGGAAAGGUGAUGCAGGCGGAGCGGAGAGCAGCUGUGAUGGUGAAGAUGGAGAGUUCAGUCCUGUGGACCUGGAGGUAUCUGAAACCUCCAAGAUGUCUGACUCCACCAUGACCGCCUAUGUUACUCCUCUUCCUCCCGAGUCUCUGAUUCCUCCAGAAACUCACGAGAAGCAUAAGCUGCCCCUCAUCAGUGUGAAAGGUGAAGUGGUCUGCAGCCAGAAGGACUUCCGGAUCAACCUGUUCUUCCCAGGAGAGGAGGACCUGAUCCUGCUCACGCUCAGAUCAACUGCAGCGUCCAGGUUUCUACUGGACCAGCACCUUGUGGACUCUGAGGACCACCAGAAUCAUCAGCAGCCAGACGGUGCUGUAGAGAACUUCCUCCCUAUUGAUGACAACAUGGAUCUGGACCAGGACCAAGACCCGGGCCAGGACCAGGACCAAGACCCGGACCCAGAGGAGCAUGUGGAGCGGCACCAACUCUCGGCUCCUAGUGACGGCCGGAUGAUCCUAGACAGACGUCAUGUAGAGGCUGAAAGACGGAGGCAGGAGGAGGCGGAGCUUCCAUUAUGUGUGGACAUCUGGACGCUGCAUGACCCGUACCAUGCUGUGGGGGAGGAGAAGCCCUUUAAACCAGGGAAGUGUUACAGAGUUCCUGAUGGUCUGGAUGGCGGAAAGAGGAAAAGGAAGCGAGCGGCGUCACUGCAGGACUUCAGGACCUGGUUCAGAGGAACUUAUGAUUCUCCGAAGCGAAGGUUAAAAACUGGCCCCACCUUCACAGACCUGAACUACAUCUAUCUGGAGACGUUAAAGGACAGAGUGAGGACACACAGGAGGAUCUACAGGACGGCUGGUGUGGCAGCUUCAGAGGAUGAGCUCCUAAGGACCUUCCUGCAGCCAGAGGAGGUGGGGCCAGAGCAGGGGGAGGAGCCUAUGGACGGUUUCCAACAAGCUGACGUCUUUGGUGGAGACGGCAACUCGGACAACGAACAGGAAGCGUUUCCUGACCAAGUUCCGGCUGAAUUAGGAGAAGGAGGAGACCUCAUGUCACCCGAAAACCAGAUGGACGGGAUGACGUAUGAAGACCUGGUGAAGCUGCGAGUGGAUCAGCUGGUGGUGAACAGUCAGGGCUACACUCAGGAGACGGCUCUGUCCCGCAGAGUCAAAGACUGGGAGGACAAGAUCCGUCCAGAGCUGCUGCAGCAGGAGGAGCGUCCAGCGUUCAACAUCCACAACUAUAGCGAGCGGAUCGUGGGAGCGCUGAACGCCGUUGGCCACUGCAGGACAUUCGCCUCCAUCGUUCACGGGCUGGACGAGAUGGAGGUCUGCAAGUACCUGCUGGCUUCACUGCAGCUGGCCAACGACUACACGGUGGACAUUAACAGUGCUGCUGGUCUAGAGGACAGUUUGGACACCAUGUCUCUGACUCUGCUCAGCACUCACAGAGCGACGGACAGGUUUAAAACUCUGCCAGGGUCCACCUGAGGACGUCCAGGACCACCUGAGGACGUCCCCAACCAGCUGAACUCUCUGAAUCAUGAACUUUUUUUCUAAUAAAACUGCAUGUGGAGUC